CUCCUCUCCCCUGUUCUUCUCGUAUUAUUCUUCAAAACAAAAACAAAAAAAGAAAGAAGAAUCUUAAACCAUGUCUCCACGUCUAAGCAGAAAGAUGUUCCGGUUAACCGUCCGGCGAAAGGUAUUGCGUAGGGUUGUGGCCCUACGGCACUGUUUCAGGGCAUUUUGGAAGCAAAUCCUAGCCUGUACCUUCCACAAAUCUGACCGAUACAAGGAACUCCCUGACCGCAAUUCAUCAUUCCCUCCUCCUUCUAUUUCAAGUUCAUCCAAUAAGUGUCAUGUUGUAAGCACCGAUCCAUGUUUGAAUGAUCCCCAACGCAACUCUUCCGAUUUGGUUUCCCUCAAAAUCACCAUCCUCGGUGAUCCCCGAAUUGGAAAAACUAGUUUCAUGAACAAGUACGUAGGAAUAGAAAGUAAUGAAGGAGAAAACUCAAACAAUGGACUCUUUCAAAUGGACAAGACUCUAUCCGUUAAAGGGGCACGUAUUGCUUAUACUAUAUGGGAAGUUGAUGGGGAUGAUUUGGGUUCUCGGUAUUACAUCCCAAAAGCAUGUCAAGAUUCUGUGGCAAUAUUAUUCAUGUUCGAUCUAACGAGUCGAUGCACAUUGAACAGUGUCAUCAAAUGGUACCAAGAAGCAAGGAAAUGGAACCAGACUGCAAUUCCAGUUCUCAUAGGAACUAAAUUUGACGAAUUUGUACAAUUACCAAUGGAUUUGCAGUGGACCAUAGCAAGUGAGGCAAGGUCAUAUGCUAAAGCCAUGAAAGCAACAGUGUUCUUUUCUAGUGCAACCUACAACAUAAAUGUCAAUAAGAUCUUCAAGUUCAUUACGGCAAAGAUCUUCGAUGUACCAUGGAAAAUGGAUCGUAACUUAACAGUUGGAGAACCCAUUAUUGAUUUCUAGAGUCCUUGUUGUGUUACAAACCUAGCUUCUUGAAAUCAACCAGUCACUGGAUGACAUAUAAUAUGUUUUCAGUGAAUCAUUGUGUUGUAUACUUGUAGCAUCCUCCAAGUAUUAUAGAAGUAAAUUGCCUCGUUUUUUUUAUCAAAAAAGGAAGUGUGGAGGACGAAUUGAUUCAAAUCAUUGUGAUACUUAAUGUAAGGCCUUACAAGCCAAAAAUCUCAUGUAUAGUGCAGCACCUAAGCUUUUGUUUU